AUGGGACCAGAAAAUGUGACAACUAUGGAAGGCUUCAUCCUUUUGGGUAUCACUGAUGAACGUGACCUUCAGAUCUUCUGCUUUGUGUUUUUUCUCACAUUUUAUCUGUUCAAUUUAUUAGGGAAUCUCUGCAUUGUUCUUCUCAUUACUAUUGACCACUCUCUUUACAAACCCAUGUACUACUUCUUGGCUAAUCUUUCAUUCCUGGACAUCUUCUAUUCAACCACCACUGUACCCAAGAUGCUUUCAGGCUUACUUGUGGGUGACAAGAGGAUAUCUAUCUUUGGGUGUAUAGCACAGCUCCACUUUUUUCACUUUUUGGGGAGCACUGAGGCUCUUCUUCUGACUUCAAUGUCUUAUGAUCGAUAUGUUGCCAUCUGUAACCCUCUGAGAUAUCAUGUCCUUAUGGGAAGAAACUCUUGCCUCCAGUUGGCUUCUAGCUGCUGGCUCAUAGGGUUUCUAUAUUCAUUAUUGCAAACAAUAAUUACUUUCAGGUUGCCUUAUUGUAACCGAAGGCAAGUUACACAUUUUUACUGUGACAUAAAACCCGUUAUAAAGCUGGCCUGUGCAAACACCAAGCAAAGUGAGCUUCUGGUGUCAGGUAUCUUUGCUAUUGUGGCUGUCAGUACAUUUUCAUUGAUCAUUGUGUCUUACAUGUACAUUGGAAGUCAUCUUCUGAACAUUCAAUCUAGACAAGAUAGACGCAAAGCCUUCUCCACUUGUACUUCUCACAUCACAGUAGUUUUUUUGUAUAUCGGGACAGCAUUGUGUAUGUACUUGGGUCCGACCACCGAGAACUCAUUAGAACAAGAUAGAAUGAGUGCCAUAUUGGUCACAGUUAUUACACCUGCAUUAAAUCCUCUUAUUUAUACACUUAGAAAUAAAGUAGUAAAGAAAUCUCUACAAAGACUACUGGGGCGAACACAAUAUUGUGCAAAAUGCUAUCAAGAUUGA